AUGAUUGACGAUAAAGGUGGAAUUACUAAACAAGCUUUACCUGGUACGCCUGUUAAAGUAACUGGUUGGAAGGAAUUGCCAAAUGCAGGAGAUGAAGUACUUGAGGCUAAAGAUGAAGAUUUGGCAAAAACUGUAGUAGAAAAUCGAAAACAAAAAGAAUUACGAGACAAACAACUCAAAGAUCUUGAAGUGAUUAAUGAAAAAAGAAGAAUCAGAAAACAAGAAUUAGAUAAUGAAAGAAGUGAAACUAAAAAUUUUAAAAAAGAAGUUUGGAUGUUUCAUAAAGGAUUAUUAUCAGAGUAUCCCACACCACCACCCCCACCAUCUCAAUCAGAUCCCAUUAAAGAAGAAAAAACCGAAGAAAAUAAAAUUAAAGAACUAAAUUUGGUGGUUAAAGGUGAUGUCAGCGGAUCAGUGGAGGCAGUUAUUGAUGCACUUUAUGGUUUAGGAAAUAACGAGGUUAGAGUUAAUGUUGUUGAUUUUGGUGUUGGUGAAAUCACAGAAUCAGAUAUUGAAAUGGCAUCAGUUGCUAAAGCAACAUCAGAACAGACGGAUCCAAUUGUGCUUCCUCUUUUAUAA